AUGAUUUAUAAAAUAAUCAAUAAAUUUAGUGUCUAUAUUGAUCCAUCUAAAUUUCCAAAUGGAGACCUAUUAACUAUUUAUAAAUCAACAGAGGGAAGAAACAUUAAAUUUUUCAAUUUAUUUUACUUGGGAUUGAUUGGAUAUAAUGCUUAUUAAUAUAUCUAAGACAAAGAAAAUUCCUAAUAUGCAUUAAAUGGUAUUCUAAUGUUUUAUUAUUCAUCUAAGAUUUAACUGCAGCUUCAUAUAGAUCUGGAAUGGAAAAUUCAAUUAUUAUAAUGGCUGCCCUUGGUAUAGGAAUGGUUUUUUUUUAUUGGAAAACUAAUAAAACUCUUUUUAAUUUGUGGUUAUCACCAAAUGGAAAAUCAAUUGUGAUGGAUUCUUAUUCUCUAUUUGGAUUGAAUAGCAAAACAUUCUCCCUUGAUAUUGAAAAUUUUAGAGGUUUUACAUAUUUUAUCCAUCCUUCAUUGAGAAUACCAAUGUUCAAAUACAAAUUAGGUAGUACAACUAGAACUAUGUUUUUAAAACAUUAAUAUGUUUUAGAUGAAUAAAUUAUGAAAAGUGUUUUAUAAGGUUAAGAAAUUUUAGUGAGACCCAAAGGCAUGGAGAAGGAAUUAUCAAGCAAUUAAAAAAAAAAAUAUAAACUAUGA